UAUGCCUCUAGGCGAGGUGUGCAUACGCAUCUAGUUAUUUGAUAUCUUCGAGAAGUUGUCUUUCCCUUCUUCCACCUUCACCCAAGUCGAGCCCCCGCUGGCCAUUCCGAAGAGAGACUUACUUACCGCCGACACGGGAAAAGAGGAUGAUGUACGCCGCAGCAGUAUGGGCCGCGUGCCUACCUACCUAUGACCGAUGAUUGUGAAUGCGAAGCACAAGCCACUUUCGGUUACGAAUUUUACGAAUUGCAUAUACCUACGAAAUAGGCAGAGCAAGGGAGGAAAGCCAUUAAAGACAUCAUUACAAACAGGUCGCCGGCUUAAUAUUCGAGAGGAAUUUGUUACAUCGUGUUGUUGUUGUCAGCGAUGGUAUAAAUAGCUCCUUUGCAGCGCCAUAGCCUUCAAGAUUCCGUACCGGAUUCUUAAAGCUUGGAGGGGCAAAGGAGGGGCGCCGAAAACUCUUCAAGCCAAAACUUCUGUCCAUCCACCCCGGGAAAUUUUUUUUAACGGCCCGGGGAUUCAGUCUCACACAGGUCGCCGCCGAUAGAGGCGCACGCAUACGCGAGCCAGAGAUGGCUUGUAUGAAGAAUGCCAAUUUGCUCGGGUUUACUCUGCGGGUAGGCCUCGGCAGGCCGCACGGCUCGGCGCGAGUCCGUCGUCGCAUCUCCGGACCAUGCGCCGUCCGGCCUCCCUCUCUGUCUCCUCCUCCUCUACGCCGAUACUCUACUGAUCCUACUGUCCCUCUUACCACCUCCGCCGCCACCACUACCGCUGCCGUAGGUGACCUCAAUAAUAGCCUAUUCGAAUACACUUCGGGGCGUUGGCUAUACGACGACGUGCUACAACAUGCAAAGCGUAGCCAUAGCUUCCGUGUUGACGAGCUCAAACGCCUCGCCGCCGCGUCCGUCGACCGCAACGUAGACGACAUCGAGCAUUUCGAGAAAAUGGCCGAGGGCAGAUUCUACCGGUGCUUCCUCAUCACCAUGCGCGACGGAUUCCGACUCGUCGCCCGGCUGCCCUAUGACAUCACUGACCCCAAGCGAUACAUAAUAGCUAACGAGGUCGCGACCAUGGGAUACCUGCGCGCUCGCGGCCUGCCUAUUCCCAAAGUCUACGGGUAUUCGCCUACGAUGAAUAACGCUGCCAACACCGAGUACAUCUUCACCGAGUUCGCCGAAGGGGUGAAUCUUAGCCGCGUCUGGCCCGACUUGAACGAGCUAGCUGUCUCUAGGCUCAUCGAGCAGAUCGUCGAGCUCGAGGCGAAAACCAUGUCUAUGCGGUUCCCGGUAGGCGGUGGUCUGUAUUAUACCGAUGACCUGAAGCUCCCCGCUCUGAUCACCCAAUCCGUCCCCUUGUCCGACGAGCAAUUCUGCGUAGGUCCAGACAUGGGCAAGUCAUGGUGGUUCAACCCAAAAGUCAACCACCGGCAUAGAAACAGAACCUUCGCUGAUCCCGAAAUGAUGCUGGUGGCCCCGGGCGCGCAGCAGCUUCGCCGUGCGUGGUCUCACACGCACUCACAUCCGCACCGGCGGAUACGAAGAGAGGCAUACUCUUACCAGAAGCAGUCCCCGAGCGAUCGCGUGGUCUCCCUCGAGCGUUAUGUCACAUGCGCCCCCUCCCUCGCGCCUCGGGCGCCGGCCCAGAGGGCCUUCCAUAUCCGGCAUCCCGACCUGCGGCUCGACGACAUCUUCAUCUCCGACCCGCAGGCUUCCGAGCCUCGGAUAACCGCCGUCAUCGGCUGGCAUCACACGUCUGUCCUGCCCAUGUUCCUCCUCGCCGGGAUCCCCAGCCUCCUCCGCGACUACGGCGACCCCGAGCGGCCCGUCCUCGGGCGACCGCGCCUACCCCCAAACUUCGACCUACUAAACCCAGUGCAGCAGAGGAUAGAGAGGGAGGCGCUCCCCCGCCUGCAGAUCCAGCACCACUACGUCUCAGCCACGAAGAAGCACGUCAGGCCGCACUUCGACGCGCUGGCGGACCCGGUGGGGGCGCUGCGCCGGCGGCUCUUCUACCGGGCCGCGGCGCCGUGGGACGGCGAGUCGGCGCCGCUCACGUUCGACCUGAUGCGGGCGGCGAAGUACUGGAAGGCGCUGACGGGCGAGGACGCGGCGGACUGCCCGAUCGUGUUCGACAAGGAGGAGGUCGCGGCGGCGACGCAGCUGAACGCGCGGCUGAGGGCCGCCGACGAGACGAUGGCCACCUACCAGAAGCUGCUCGGCUGCGGGCCCGACGGCUGGGUCCCGAACGACCGGUACGACGCCGCCAAGGCCCGCGCCGCCCAGCUCAAGGCCGAGGCCCUGGCCGCCGCCGACACCGUCUGGGAGAGGGCCGAGAUCGACGCCCACUGGCCCUUCGACGACACCGAGCAGUUCGUCAGCCUCAACGACGCGGCCCCCGCGUCCCCGCAGCCGGAUCCUCCCGCUGCUCCGGAUGCUGCGGUGCCGUAGCGCAGGAUCGGAAUGCGCACAGCUUUUCGCAGCUGCGCUCGGUGGGGGGGGGAGACAAACAGGUCGCACGCCACGCCGCAGGCCCCAGGACUUGCAGCAGAUUCGCUGAACUAGCAAUGGGAGACCCCCUCCGAGGGAUGGGAAUUGCUAACUACCUCGCUAACGAAAGGCGUCGGGACGCGAGAGGGCCGGAAUACUACGUUCGGGCUGUACAGGAACCGGCGAUCUGUCGGCUUUUUUUAUCUUAAGUAGGGGGGGAGGGUAAGCGGGCACCAACGGCGAUGACCAUCCGUCCCGCUACGGCUAGUAAUAGCCCGCACGUCUAACGCGCCCGGGAGAGGCUUACGUCGGUGUGUGUAGAUAUGUAAAGAUGGUGCGCCACGCACACAUAACAUAAACAAAUAAAAACUACGCAAUCUACUCAUACAAAUCUUUCUUUCACUCGCGCCACCCGCCCCGAAAUAUAUGAUAGGUAGGUAUUACCACGCAAGAGGGAGGGCGGGGGGAACAACGCGCGAAGCAACCAGCCGACAACCCCUGCUGGGGACGCCUGCGCUGCGACGUGGUAGCUCAGCGUCGCCUAUCUAUCUCUACCCGGCUUGUACUUGGGCGAGAUCUCCGGCGAGCGGAGCGCUACGUGUAUUUUAAUA